GUCGAAACCUUUUUACGCUUCAGUAGGGUAGGUAUGUGGUGCGCACAUAUCCUGGCCACUCUGCAUUCAGCCAGCUUUCCUGGCCUUGGCAAGCUUCUGGCGUAGGGCACUGCACCCCGGAAGCAAGCCAAGCCAUAUAUAUCGAUCGCAUCGACUGCUUACAGUACAGUACAGGUAUAUGUACUGUCAUCAGCUAUCGACUGUCAUCAAGCUGACAUGGUGUCAUACGCCAGCCCAAUCUAUCUAUCCCUCAAUCUAUCUAUAUAUAUCUGAGGGAGCAAAGCCCCCGGUGCAGUGGCAGUGACCACUGGCUCGAUGUUCAGUCAAUCUCUCGUUUGGAAGAUACCUCUCUGCCUGCCUUUCGCCGAUAAGACUCAAAGAAACUCACACUCUCAGCAUUGGUCCUGGGCUGCAUUCUUCGGAGCGCCUCUCUCAAGUGUGAAGCCGAUACGAGCACACAGCUCGGCCCCCCGUUGUCCCGUCCUGUUGCGUGUGAGCCACCCCGGUCGUCUUGCCCUGCGCGGAUUGCGGCUCGAAUGGCGGCCAUAGCUGCCUCCCGACAGACCAUGCAUAUCUCCGCUCCGCUGUAUCCCUUGCUGUUGUUGACCAGCUGUCCCAGGAAAGUCUCGAGAGACAUGCUGUCCUGACCGCCUUGUGAGUCUUGAGUGCCUAGGUCGAGAGGCAGGCGACUCAGAUUGGCCUUGAAGAUCUCGUAUCGAGCGGCAGCGUCAGGCAGGGAGACGUACAGGAGACGAUCGAACCGACCGGGCCUGCGAUACCGCAGGAAGGAAGGAACGACAGACGCAGUGCAGCUAGUCGAUUGAUAGCUUAUCGAUCCAUCAACACAAGCAGGUACGCACUGAGCCACCUGAGAAGAGCUGCAUCAAGAAGGUCAGGCCGAUUCGUCGCAGCUAUAACAACCACCUGCCUGCAAGCAGGAAGCUACCACAGCUGUCCCCUGCCUGCCUGCCUGCCUGGCGGUCUGUCUGUCUGGCUGGGUACAGCAGGUGACUUGGCUUACUUGACGGGAGCAAUGCCGUCAAUCUCGUUGAGCAGCUGACUGAGGACCCGGCUACCAACCUGAUGAGGACAUGUAUAUCAUAAUUCACUCGGCACAUUCCUGUUGACCCACAGAUCUGUCGGUAAGUGGCGCUUCUUUCCUUACCCCUCCUGCAUCUCCUCCCAGCUCUCGGUCCACACCGAGGGCAUCGAUUUCAUCGAAGAAUACCACGCAGGGAGAGUUCUGACGUGCCUUCCUACACGCAUCCACGACACCAUACACUCGUGGAUGCCCUCCUCCCCCCAGUGCUGGCUGCGACUUGAGCUCCCCAGACCUGAAGAGUUCCCGAACAGCCCGCUCCGCCUCGCCCACCCAUUUUGAGAAGAGCUCCGGACCCUGUAGGAGGGAGGUAAAGUAGCACGGCACGAGAGACAAGCACAUGACCGGAUGCGGGCAACUGGAACAGACAGCAAUGAGUACCUUGAUCGAGAUGAAAUUCAUUUGAGUCUCAGUAGCUACUGCCUUGGCCAUCAUGGUUUUGGAAUUGCCGGGGGGACCGUAGAGCAGCACUCCACGGGGAGGGCUCAGCUGCAGAUCGCGAAACAACUGACAGAUACACAACACGGACACGUCACAACUAUUUUGUGCUUGACUGACAGCCACACUGGACGGUCUGUCUUUCGCGGCGCAAUCGGCGCACAUGUCACCCACCUGCUCAUAUCUGAUAGGCCAGUCGACGCAUUCCUGCAGCUGGCUCUUCAGGUCAUGAUAUCUGGGCCACAUACACAGAGGCAUCUCUCCUUCCGCUGUGAGCUUGACUCGUACCCUCCGAUAUCACUCCAUCUGACCUCCGGCACCUCUAUGUGCAACUCCUUCAUCCCAGACGGCCUGCCAACACCGUCACAGCCAGCCAAACUCGCCACUCACACCCGUUGUUGCUUGGCUGUGUCGUGUUGACCUGACGAGCUUGAGCGCCUCCUCAAAGCAACUCAAGUUUAACACACUUUCUGCAGGCGGCCCGGCGGGUGAGCGAGAAGAUACACGAGUCAGAGCGACAGACGCAGCAGUGUUCACAAGGGCUACCAAAUCGGCGCCGACAAAAGCCUGGCACCUCUUGCUGAGCUGCAGACAUGCACAGCAAGCACAAAGGAAGGACACCGAUUGUAUAUGUCGAAGGCAGCCAGCCGGCGAGCAUGGCUGCCUAUCCAUCCGUCGGUCGGUCGGUCCGUCCGUCCGUCCAUCCGUCUGACCUCUUCGAUGUCUAUGUCGGUCAGGGUGUGGGGCAGGUGUUGGAUCGCAAUCCUGAUGAUCUGCUGGCGGUCGGUGGCCGUCGGCACUCCGACCUCUACCUCCCUCUCCAACCUGCCGCACCGCCGGAGGGCCGUGUCCAAACUGUUCGGACGAUUCGUGGCAGCAAGAACAAACACCCCCGGGCACGCACGAGACCCAUCCAAACACGUCAGAAAGGUCCCAACGAUGCGACGCUCAGCCUGGUCCGAUACGAUUGCAUAUUAAGCAAAGAAACGACCAAGAGUCAAUGCGGGCGAACUCAGGUCGGCUUGUCUUUCUGUGCUGCUUGUGCGGUCACUAGCUCAUUGUGCCAGUCACUCAACUCACCUCGCCUGCCUGAUCCCUUUGCGGACAUAUGGCAUCAAUCUCGUCGAUAAAGAUGAGAGUAGGUGUCCCAUAACGUUCCCAUCUUUCUUGACCCCUCUCAAAUAAGUUGAUGAUUUUGCGCUCGGACUCUCCCACGAAGUGACCCAGUAAGUCGGUCGCGGCGACCACCUCCAACCCUAUGCCAACACCCUCCGCCACAUGCCUCUGGUGUUGUUCUAGCUCCUCCACAAGACAGCGAGCCAGGAGCGUUUUGCCCGUUCCUGGAGGUCCGUACAGCAAGACGCCUUUAGGAGGUCGUACGCCAUACUCUUUGUACAGCGACGGGUGUAGCAGCGGCCACUGCAGGAUGCUCUGCAGCUGCUCCACCACGGACUGGAAUCCUCCAAACCUGCCGACACUGUCUCUAUUAGAAGGUGCGGCUGGAGGCGUGUGGGGCUGAGUUUACCUGCGAAAUCCACUUGAGUCGCGUUUGGUGUCGUCAACGCCGUGUGAAUCCUUCGCCCCUUCUGCGUGGCCAGCCAGCUGCAAUGGAGGUGCAUGUACAGCGACUGACGUCGUCACCUCCACCCUUCCGCAGAGCAGCUGGCCACUCGUCGCUGCUCCUGCAUCUAAGCCGUCGUGCUUGUCGUACGAAGAAUGGAAAGCCAACUCAGGCUCGUCACCUCCCUCUCCCGACUGCCUUCCACUAACGUGAUCUUGAUGUCCAGCUUCGGAGCCGCGGGAAUGCCGCUCGAUGCGCCCAGCGGGCGAUGGAUCGGGAGGAGGUUCACCAGGCUGAAGGGCGACGUCGACGAUUCUGAAAGCCGCCAAGCUUCCACGCAAGGAGACAACGAUCCAGUUGGACAAGCUGUAGUAGCCCCCCUGGAUCGAAGCUUUCAAGUACGACACUGACGCAGGAUCACCCAAAGAAGACACCAGGGGGAGCUCAGACGGGAGCCCGCCGGCAGCAAGACGAGAAACAAUGGAUGGCGGGGCGGCAGGGCACACCGUGAUGGCCGCCGCGCUUCUCCAGUGAUGCGAUGCCAGCGGUACCAGUAGACCACUUGUUCGCCGCAUGGUCAACGAGGCUGCCUUCCCGCAUUCUUGUCGCCCGCCUUCGUCUUGUUCUUCUUCGGUAAUUGAUAAGUACAUUGCCAGGGAAACCGCCGCACUCGAGGGAGGGAGCCUGUCAUCCUUGCAAAGGAAUCCAACAGCCUGAGGUGGAUGACACGCCGCAGACCGCGACGAAUCCGCUCCACAAUGCUUGAUCAUCACUAGCUGGCCCUCAUGCAGACCACGUUGGCUCAUCAGCUUAGGAUGCACCCGAACGCCGCGGGCUCCAACGUUGUAAAGGGAAAGAUCCUCCCAAAGGAUGACGUCAAGCGAUUCCUCAUUGUCCUUCCUCUGCCGACUGCAUGGUCAGGACACAAACGCAAUCAUUCACACACCACCAAGGUUGCACGAACUUCCAUCGAGCUCACCUCAGAGUACUCAUCUUGAUUCAGGUCGGUCUUAUGCCGAAAGCAAGCUACAUCUAUGCGGAAAGGAUGGCGUCUCACGA